AUGAGCGGGCAGGGCUACAAGCGGGUCAACCUGCUCGCUUCGAGCAGGAUUGGGUCGGACAAGGCCAAGGCGCAGGGCAACCGGCUCAUGCAGGGGCCUUCCGCCCUCUCCGAGCCCGUGCAGAAGCUGGUCGAGUACCUGUACUCGGAAGCCACCCACAAAAUCACCUCUGCCCUGCAAAGUCCACUCGGGACAUUGACUCUGCAGCAGGUCGAAAAGGGCGAGUCCAUCCUGAUGCAGAUCUACCAGACGCUGAAGCACGCCGAAAACAAUCCCACCCCCGAGCAGUUGACCGAAAUCCGCGCUCUAUCCAAGGAAUUCUACUCGGCGAUCCCUCAGAACCAGCAGCCGGCGGUGGACAAUUCGGCGGUGCUCGAGGAGAAGCAGGAGCUGGUGCAGCUGCUGAAGGACAUGCUCACGGUGGACGAAAUCACCGGCGACACGGCCACGGCCGAGGUGGACAUGAAGUACCGCGCCCUGCGGUGCCAGAUCAACGCCCUCGCGGCCGAGGCCGAGGACUACCAGCAGAUCAAGGAGCAGGUGCUCUCCACCCAGAUCAAGGGGUCCAAGCUGGAGGUCAAGAACGUCUAUACGGUGCGCAGGGAAGUCGAGCGCCAGCUCUUCACCAAACAGAUGGACAACCAGCGGUUGUUGUUCCACGGCUCGCGUAUCAGUAACUGGGUGGGUAUUCUCAGUCGCGGUGUGCUGCUCCCGCACAUCGUCACGCAGUCGGGAGGCACCAGGACCGAUGCGGGCAUGCUGGGCGCGGGUAUCUACUUUGGCGACUGCUCGUCGACCGCCGCCCAGUACACCACGCCCGGCCAGCAGGGCACCCGCAUGAUGCUCGUCUGUAACGUUGCGCUCGGCAAGAGUGCCGACAUCACGAAGAUCGACACAACGAUCACGGAGCCGCCCAAGGGCUACGACAGCGUGCACGGCGUGCGCUCAACCGAGAGUCAGCAAACAGACUUUGUGGACGACGAGUACGUGGUCUACCGGACGGCGCAGCAGCACAUGUCGUACCUGGUCGAGUUUGCCCAGCAGGAGGACCGCAAGCAGCCCGCGCCUCGCCAGUCGCUGUCCAGCCACAAGCCAGUGGUCCUGCAGGCGAGCCUCAUCGUGCCUGCCGAGGAGUUUGACGUGGUCGCUCCACCCAGCGAACCACAGCCCUCCGAAGAGGAGAACAAGGGCGACGAGCAGGCCGGCUUGAUGUCCAAGGGAGGAGAAGCUGUGCCUCUCAAGUCGGUUCACGUGCGGGCCACCCUGCUUGACAUGGUGGCGAAGGUCGUUGUCAUGCAGCACUACCACAACUCGAGCCAGGUGCCGAUCGAAGCCAAGUACGUGUGUCCGCUCGACGAGAUGGCCGCCGUGUGCGGGUUCGAGGCCUUCAUCAACGGCAAGCACAUCAUCGGCGAGGUUAAGGAGAAGGAGAAGGCCCACAAGGAGUACAAGGAGGCCGUCGCGGCCGGCCACGGCGCCUAUCUCAUGGACGAAGAAAAACCCGACGUCUUCACCGUCAGCGUCGGCAACCUGCCGCCCAACUCGUCGGUGUUGAUCAAGAUCACGUACGUCACGGAGCUGAGCGUCGAGGGUCCCAACAUCGCGUUCGUGCUGCCGGCCAGCGUGUCGCCGCCCCAGCGGGACAAGGCCCUGAAGGACGUCACUCAGACCGUGACCAAGACCGUCAACGUCGAGGGCGACGCCACGGGCGGGCUGCCGCUCGACCUGCAGGUGUCGAUCGACAUGCCCUACCCCAUCGUGCGACUCAAGAGCUCGUCCCACCCGGGUAUGCUGCUUAUCAAGCAGACCCAGACCAAGGCCACCGUCCAGCUCAAGCCCGGCACGUCGCUCGAGGGUCGCCCCUUCACCCUGCUCGUCGGCCUGGAGAAGCCCUACGAGCCCCGCAUGUGGGUCGAGGAAAACGGAGAGAAUGGAAGGUAUGCAGCGAUGGUUGCCUUCUAUCCCGACUUCCAGUACGAGGGCGAAGCUCCCGAUGACCACGAGUUCAUCUUCCUGGUCGAUCGGUCGUCGUCGAUGAAGGGGGAACCCUUCGACGACAUGAAGCGCACCCUCCUGGCCUGUCUCGAACGACUGGCCAACGUGGAUGCGACCUUCAACAUCAUUUCGUUCGGCUCCACGUACGAGCGCCUGUUUGUCGACAGCCAGUCGACGGCCGAUCCGUCGGCCCUGGCGACGGCCAAGAACUACGUCGAUAAGAUGCGCCCCAACUUUGGCGGCACGGAGUUGUGGCAGCCCCUGCGCUCGCUCUUCCUGAUGGCCCACGAGGAGCGCACCCCGCGCAACGUCUUCAUCUUUUCCGACGGUCACCCCACCAACCAGGAGUCGCUGGUCGAGCUCAUCAAGCAGAAUGCCGCCCACACGCGCGUGUUCUCCUUUGGGUUUGGCAGCAAUUGCUCGCGCCACAUGGUCCGCUCGCUGGCCCGCGUGGGCGGCGGCGUGGCCGAGUUCAUGCCCGCCAACAAGCUGCCCACCCGCUCCAAGAUUGAGCGCCAGUUCCGUCGCGCGCUGCAGCCUGCGCUGUCGGAGAUCAAUGUCGAUUGGCACAUCUCGGACCGAGGCUCGGUCUCGGCGGCACCGGCGCAGCUCACUUCGCUCUUCUACGGCGAACGACAGAUCGUGUACGGCUUCGUCGACUACUGCACUGCGGCCACCCUCAAGGCCAAGAACGGCGAUAUGGAGGUCAGCAACCUGGUCAGCACGCACGAAUUGAGCAUCACCCGAGGCUCGAUCGUCCACACCCUCACCGCCAGGGCGAUGAUCCGCGAUUGGGAGGACGGCAACUACGACAAGGACGCCCUCAUCCACGAGAUCAUCAAGCGCAAGAGGAAGGAGGAGAUCAUCAAGCUCUCCACCCAGUAUUCUCUCGUCACACAGUUCACCUCCUUCGUGGCGAUCGAGAAGAGGGAGGCCGGCGAACAGAAGGUGGAGGGUCCAUCCAUCGAAGAGCUGGUCCAGAAGGAGACCGUGGACUCGCUGCCCUAUGUCGGCUGGCAGGAGGAGAAGAAGGAGGCGCCCGUUGUUCAGUUCAAGACGCGCAAGGAGUGCCUCGAAAACGCCAAGGCCGCCCAAGCCACGCAGAACUUCGACGAGCUGACGCAGGCGGUGCGCGCCAUUGCCAACAUGAACGUCGAAAUGACCGAGGAAGAGGGUCAGCUCUUCUCCGAAGCCUACACCCACAAGAUUGCGCCGCAGCUCGACCAGUUGCGCGAGGUGCGUGCAGCCGAGGAAUCCGACAAGGCGAACGGUGUGUGGGCCAAGCUGGCGCAACACAAGAAGCUGCGCACUCAGCUGGAGAAGGACCUGGGCCAGGUGGCCCAGGAGGCGCUCGACACCGUGGAGAAGCACGUCCUGCCGCACGCCACCACCGACCACGCCAAGCGCCUCUUCGAGACCCUGCGCGGCGAAUACCUGCUCACCCUCGCCGAACUCGCCAGCGGACUCAAGCGGAAGCAGCUGGGCGAGAAGGCGCUGCAGAGCCUUGCUGCUGCGGCCCAACUAGUACACAAGGAGGCCCUUGCUCCGUCGGAUCCCGUGCGCGUGCGCUUGGCCGUCAAGCAGGCCGUCCUUCACGCACACAUUCUGGAGGACGAUGCCCAGGCGCGUAUGCUCAUCGGCGCCCUUCCGCGAGGCGUGCUGCGCAGCGGCGAUCCGGCGACGGCGGCCUACGAGGCCGAGCUCACCAGGCUCGGCCUCGCCUGGGCCAUCGCCCCGCUGUCGUCCGAUGACUCUGAUGAGUCUUGUGGCAGCUCCGGCUCCAGCUCCGGCUCGGACUACGACUCUGACUACUGCUACGACGAGUUCGAUGAGAAGGCGGAAGAGGCCGAGGGCGGCUGGUGCGAUGACGACUACGCGCUGGAACAGAUCGAGGCAUCGCUCGACGUCUGCAAUGAGAUCAGCAUGGCCCUCUCCCAGUCCUACUCGAUGCUGGAAGACGCUGAACUGGAGAAGGAGCUGCUCCUGCUGCAGAUGGAGGAGGAAAGUUGCGUCAUGGAGGAGGAGGAGGAGAAGCAGAAGCGGGAGGCGGUGCCGGUCUCGCAGAGCUUCAUCUACGCCAAGAAGGACAAGAAGGAGGACAAGUGUUUGGCCUCGCGCUUCACCACGCCAACGAAUAAGGCCAGGUACGAGCCGCCGGCGUCGCCCAAGGGCGCUGCGGCGCCGGCGCUGAUGGAGUUUUCCGAUUUCGACCUGCUGGGAGGCCUGGCAGCUGCGUCGGCGCCGUCGUCGUCUUCGUCGUCCCUGUCACUGGGGGCCAUGGACAAGAAGGAGAAGGAGAGGGAGAGGGACUCGCCGGCCCGCGCGAGAAGGAAGCCGAUCGAGGCCAUGGCGGAGCGGAGAGGCUUCGCCGGCGCCAAGACAUCUUCGCUCGCGAAGCCCGAACCCGCCAAGAAGGCGUUCGAUUCUGCCGACUGGCACUUGGGAACCAUCACGAACUCGGUGUCACUCGCCAAAACCGCGGCGGCGGCGGCGGCGGCUGCGCCCGCGCCCGCGCCGCGCAGCAAGUUGGUCAAGGAGGAGAAGAAGGAGGAAGCCGAGGAAGAGGAGGAAGACGAGAGCGUGGGCUUCGGUCUGUUCGGCGGCGAGAGCGACGACGCGCCCUCUGUCACCAGCUUCUCCAUGCCGAAGAACGACAUCAAGAAGAAGAAGAAAAAGAGCGAGAAGACCGAGUACAAGCGCAGCGAGUCCAAGAACAGAUCGGCCUACGCGUACCAGCCGGCGGCCGAAGCGGCCGAUCCUUUCGCAGCGCUCGAGGCCUACACGGCGACGACGACUUCGAGGGCGACGGCGUCAGUACCGGAGAUGGAUAUGGCCACUUCCUUCUUCGGCGCGUCGAUGCCCUCUGCCAGCUCGUCGUCGUCGUCGUCGUCGGCCUUCAACUUCAGCAACGCGCGCAUGCCCUCUGUCCGCGCGCCGUCCAGGCCAAUCACCGCGCCGGCGGGACCUCCGCCUCCAAGCCCCUUCCACGCCUCGCCUCCUCCGCCGCCGCAGAGCAGCGUCCCGCCUCCGAGCCCGGGCUACGCCUACGGCCCCCCUCCCCCGCAGCCCGCGGCGAUGGCGGCACCGAUGGCGCCCGAGCCCAUGGCUACGGGCUUCCGCUACGCCGCCGUGCCCCUGUCGAGGAAGAGCAGAACUCCGCAGGCCUUCAAGGCCGCCGACUCCAAGCCGCCGCAGGCGCAGCAGCAGCAGCAGCAGGUGCUGUCGAGCCGUAUGGACGAGCAGGAGCGAGCGGCGCCCAGGAGCUCGAUGCUGGACAGCAUCCGCGGCGGUUUUGCGCUGAAGAAGGUUGCGACCUCCUCGGCCGCCGCCGCGCAGCCACAGGUCGAAUCCGCCCAGCUGCUCGCGUCCGUGCUCAGCCGACGCAUGGCGAUCAUGGACAACGACGACGACGACGACGACGAAGAAGACAGCUGGUCCGAUGACGAGCAUGCGGCCCCGGCACCGGUCGUGCCCAGCAGGGAAGAGGCCAGCAGCGGCGGAGGCGGCGGCGGCGGUCAGCUCUUCAUCAAGACGCUGACCGGCAAGACGAUCACCAUCGAAAUGGACCCCAGUGACAGCAUCGACACCAUCAAGCAGCGCAUCCAGGACAAGGAGGGCAUUCCUCCCGAUCAGAUGAGGAUGAUCUUCGCCGGCAAGCAGCUGGAGGACGGUCGCACAGUGGGCGACUUCAACAUCCAGAAGGAGUCCACCCUCCACCUCGUGCUCAGGCUGCGCGGUCCUCAGGUCUCGGAGCCGCGCAAGUGGGCUGAGAUCCUCGAUUUGCAGAAGGCCAGCCAGACCAGCCUCAAGCCCGGCGUCGCCUGGGAGCUCACGAGCCAGUUGGCCGACAUCCUUGGUGUGUCGCUGGAGAGCAUCCAGGACAAGCUGGCGAUGACGGGCGCGCGCUCGCUGGGCCUGGAGACCUACGCGCUGCUCGAGGCGCUCUUCGCCACCGCGCUCGCGCUCGCCUACCUCGACCUCGCUGAGUCGCAGAGCAACAGCCAAUGGGAUCACGGCAAGGUGGGCGAGGCCCGCGCGUGGCUCGCGCAGCAGGAGCAGAAGAACGCCGGCCUGCUCGCGAUGCUCGAGCUGCGCGGCGGCGUCAUGUGGCACGCGCGCAACUUCCUCAUCACCAACUCCACCGUCCCGAUCAUCACCAUGCGUGGCCCGGAGCCCGAGCCCACCGCCGGCCCCGUGUUCGGCGAGGAUGACGACACGGCCUCGCCGUUCCUUCCCACCAUCGCCGUCCCGCCCAACCCCUACGGCUUCUAA